AUGCCUCUUGCAGGAAUAGAGCAACCUAGGCUGGUCUAUCCACGUCUCCUGGAAGAGCGUUCGGCCGAUGGGCGACUGGUGCUGAACCUGCACGACAAGCUGACGCUGAAUCUCAGGAAGGCGUCGGUGGCCGCGCGCCACUUCCGCGUCUUGGAACACGAGAACGGACGCGAACUGACGCAUUUGUUCAACGGAGAAGACAUCGAACGAAAUCUCCAUGAAGAUGAAACGCAGUUCGCGACUGUGCACGUUAGAAGAAAAGAAACCGGCGUCGAAGUUGAAGGCCUUGUGGGACCGUACCAAAGGAUUCAGCCAGUGCCUGAAAUGGAGAGGUCGGACGAACUGCUUAUUCCGCACAUGAUUUAUGAAAUUGAGAAAAAGGAAAUGCUAGACGUGGAAAUGUCCGUGAGUGCAAAGGGUAAUUAUAACCAAUCAAAUAGCGUUCCCGCAGCAGUCACCAUAGAACUCUUCGUAGUUUCUGACCAGCCGCAUCACAAGCACUUUAAAAGUACGCUCGCAUUAAUAGAAUACCUAUGCGUACAAACGAACUCGGUAAACAUGAGAUACACGGACACCAGCAAUCCAAAGGUUCAGUUCUUACUCGUCGGAGUUGAACGAGAUUUGUUCAGCAAAUAUAAGAAGGGUCACGGCAGCUACAUGGAAAGCUCAUCUACACUUGAAGCGUUCCAGGCUUACGCUUAUAGCAAAAAAUAUGAGUAUGGUAAUCCAGAUAUGGCGUAUCUAAUGACUGGUUUUGAAGUAUACUCCGUAGCCGCGGACAACACAAUGAGUACGAGCGUCUUGGGCAUCGGCUACGUAGGCGGCCUGUGCACGCGACAAUACGUUGCCCUUGGUGAAGACACUGCCGGUCUCUACGACGGAAUGCACACGCUGACACACGAGGCGGCCCACGUGCUCGGCGCGGCUCACGAUCAGAGCAUGCCAAUGGCGUGGAUUCCUAAAGACCCGGGCUCAUUAGAUUGCCUCUGGAGCGAAGGCUACAUCAUGAGCUACGUCGACGGUGGGACGAAGCACCAUCGUUUCUCCCCAUGCAGCCUGAAGCAAAUUCGGAAUGUUGUCACAAUGCGAGGACCGUGGUGCUGGAAAGUAAGCAACACUGGGUACACGAAACAGGGCAAGUACCCCGGCAUGGAAGUGGCUCCAAACGAGUUCUGCAAGAACAUCUUUCCGAGCAAAAAUAAUGUGACCGCUGACAUGGGUUCUCCACGCAUGCGAGAAUGCAUGGUGAAAUGCCAAUAUCCAGAAAUCCGCCAGGUGUGCACAUACCGCCCAUGCUACAAUUACGUCACGAUUUACAGCUCUUUCGUACAUGCAUUGGACUAUAUGCCCUGUGGACGAUACGAGGUUUGCGUCCGAGGCGUUUGCGAGCGUGCUAAGUUUGACAUACCGCGAAGCACCCAAAGGCCAGUGAGAGUGCCAGUAACACCCAAGGCCCAAAACCCAAGAAUGACGGCGACGUCCACAGAGGCCAGUGCCACUGAAUGCCGCUGCGACUGCAGCCCUACGGUGCCUGCCACGCGUACGGCAUACUGGCCUCCUGCAACUCGACAUCCAACUUGGAAUAGACGGCAUGGCCGAAAGUGA